AAUAGCGGUGUAGAGGGGUUUGGACUUGGGGGACGAGGUCCGAGCAGCAGAUAGACAUCUGUCUGAGAGAAGCUGCUGAAGCAGACGCGCUAGACGCUUCGGUUCAUCUGGGACCUCCGGGAAGUCUCCUGGAAAGAAGGUUGGAAGUGACAACAGACAACUGGAAUUUUGGACGUUUUUUUUAACUUAAAGAAUUUACAAGAUUGUGUUAAGAUGAUUCUUCACAUCCUCACACACCUGCUCUGCCUGGUGUGUCUAUGUUCUGGUCGUCAUCUACCAGCACGACCCCAGAUAAUGAAGAUGGAGAAGAACUCGCCUGCAGCUGCCUCUCUGGCAGGCAGGGUGGUGCUGCCAUGCCACUUCUCUAUAAUGACGAGCAGCUUGACACAGACUCUGCCAUCUGGGCCUCUUCUGUCCGCUGAUACCCCUCACCCUCUGAGCCCUGACGAACAGCUGAGAAUCAAGUGGACCAAGCUGGAGGGAGACAGGGAGAAGGUGGUGCUGGUGGCCCAGGGAGGGGUGGUCAAGAUGGGGCAGGAGUACAUGAGCAGGGUGGCAGUGCUCAGCCAACCGCUGUCGGCCGGAGACGCCUCUCUGAUGAUAGCGCCAGUCAGGGCCAGUGAUGCAGGGCUGUACCUCUGUGAGGUGAUGCACGGGAUGGAGGACACUCAGGGCACCGUGAGCCUCAGCGUCUCCGGGGUGGUGUUCCACUACCGACCUAACACUAGCCGCUACAGCCUGGAUUUUUCUGGAGCUGUGGAGGCGUGUCGUGCUGCAGGUGCCACCAUCGCAACACCUGAACAGCUCAUUGCUGCUUUUGAGGAUGGCUUGGACCAAUGUGACGCAGGCUGGCUCGCCGACCAGUCAGUCAGAUAUCCAAUCACGGUGCCCCGUCCAGGCUGCGCAGGCAACCUGAUGAGCAGGCCAGGAGUGAGGUCAUAUGGCAUCCGCAGCCCCACAGAAACUUAUGACGUGUACUGCUUUGUAGACAAACUCCACGGUAAGGUCUUCAACCCCCCUAUCAGCGAUAGGCUCACCUUGCAGCAGGCCAGAGAGGAGUGUGAGAAGCACGACGCUGUGCUGGCGUCGCCUGGCCAGCUGUUUGCAGCUUGGAGGGAAGGGCUGAGCCGCUGUGACUACGGCUGGCUGUCCGACGGAAACGUCCGGCACCCUUUUACCAUCCCUCAGUGCGGAGGAGGUCUGGUUGGGGUCCGCACGCUCUACAUGUACAAAAACCAGACGGGCUACCCGAGCCCCACAGACCGGCAUGGAGCGUUCUGCUUCAAAGGGGAACAACCAGAGCCGACGACUCCCAGUCCACUGGUGGACCCAUCAAUACAUGGACUUGACAGCCCCCACAUUUCACCACCAGGCCCGCUCAUAUACCCUGGCAGAGCUGAAAUUCAAAGAGCCGCACCACAUUCUCCAAAAGUGACAUCGCACAUGGCCUCAGCAGAUGAACAUGGAGUCGACUACACCCCCCUGUCCACCACAGACGCAGUGACCCCCACUGUUUUCUACGACAACUAUGAUCUUGGAGGUCCUGGCCUGGUAGAGUUGGUACCAAUUGAAGAAAACAACAUGGUCCCCAUGCAGCAUCUUCCCCUACCCACCACCCUCUCAAAGUCCCCACACCUUGACAUCUCCCAUGGGGGAGACGAGGGAGGCCAAGCAGGGUCAGGCCGAAGCGAUGGCAGUGUCGGCGGGGAGGGGAGCACCAGCAGUGAUAGCUUAAGUGGGGCUGAGGUGGGAGUAGUGGUGAUCCCAACACACGUGAGGGCGGAGCCCACAGCAGUGCCCGUUUGGCACUUAGAGACCCCCACAGGUCUAGAGGAAGUGGAAGGAACCAUAUCAAGACCAUCAGAGCUUCUAGAGAGCACUCCGGACCACAUUGUCCCAGAGAUCCACGUCCCAGAGUCAGGCCUCCCAGCCGCGGUGAAGCACGAGGGACAACACCCUGCAGUGAUUUUUAAAGAUGAUGUGACCCCAGGAGCUACACCAACAUCUGACCUCGACCAGCCUGUAGAUGCCGAUAAAGCACCUAUCCAUCUCAUCAUCGUCAGUGUGCACAGCAAAGAUCCCCCAGUUGAAGGUAUUGUGAACAUCAUCAGUGGCUCCCAGCCCCCAUUCUCCCAGAUCACUGACCUUUCACAGGAGACCACGGAAGGGUUCCCAGGCACCGAGGACAUCGACCCUAUCAACGCUUCAACCAUUAACAUUUCUCCAACUGUCAGUUUUGUCAACGGAAAUCAUGAGGUGACAUUUGAGCCAGAGCAGCCAAAGGAAGCCAGAGCGGGUCAGUUUGAGACAGCCACUCCUCCCACUUCUGUUCAAUUAGGAGAGAAGGAAGAGGACAAUCUGAUAGACCCCAUUCAUAGGCACACAGAGGAGAGACCUGCAGAAGAAGCCAUUGAUACAGUCGCUUCCCCUACAGAGACACCUCCAGAGGAAGUGGAGGCAUUGGGGAAGUGGAUCCCAGAGGUCUCUGAGAGCGACAAAACUCAUCAACCAUAUGAUCAAGCAGCAACCAGAGUUCCCACCACCAUGCACUCGUAUGCACCUCACGUUUCCUUACCUGCACCUGCCACACCAUCAGGCCCAGUCCUCACUGGUUUGUCCCAGCCCGUCACUGAUGGGGUCUCUAUCUACAAGGACGUGGAAGGCUCCUCAAGCCCUGGCACUGACGAUACCUCAUAUGAGGGUUCUGCAGGCGACCCUGUGCCCACCUCAGCCGCAGAUAGCCGGUCUGGUGUGAUGACCGAUGAGGCCGAAAUUGGAGGGACGGAGCUUCCUACUUUUAUUCCCCGCACACACUUGCAAGAAACCACCACAUGGGUCCAGGCGGAGGGAGGGUCUGCCUCUGGAGAAGAUGAGACUUCAGGGCAAGAUGGUUUCCCACCAGAGAUGUCCAGACUCACCAGCACAACACCUUAUUUUACCCUCCACAGCCAGCAACCUCUACCUGAAGUGGGCAUCGACGUCACAGAAGUGCCUGUUGUUCCACCACCUGUCGACACACUCACAGAAACAGGCUCGGGUGCAGAGCAGCUGGCCAGAGAGAAGGAGCUUCCUGGGGGUCAGCGUCUGGAUGACUUUGCUGGGGAGGUUGUUGUUACAGUUUUACCAGCUGUUACAACUGUUGAGGAACAAAGCAAACUCACUACACACAUUAAAGAAACAACCUCAGAACAUGGCAGACCAAAACCCUCCACACACCUCUCCCUUGCUGUCACAGAUGAUAAGGUGCAUCCCGCUGUUCCCGUCGAGUCUGCCCCCGCAGCUUCUGGUGGUGACACCGAGCCUUACCAAGACCAGAAAGAGCAGAGCAAGUCCGCCACACAUGUCAAGACACUGUCCACUACAUUGCCCUUGUACACUUUCGACCAACACACCCACUCUGUUCCCCAGUGGGCUUUGACCCCAGACCUGGCUGCCUCCCCCCUCCCAGACAGUGCUUUUUUGGACUAUCGCAAUGAGAUUAUGGGUCCUGUGGUGGAGGUGCGCCGUCAGAUACCUGAAGAGACUGUGACCACAGAGCCAGAGACCAGCACUGACUCCACUUAUUCUAUAGAGGAUGUGAGAGAUGCUGUACUGUGCUCAACCAAUAUUUGUCAGAAUGGAGCCACCUGCUUCAUGAAGGGAGCACAAAGUAUCUGUUUCUGUGCACAUGGUUACACUGGGCAGCACUGUGAAACAGAUAUUGAUGAGUGCCAGUCGAACCCGUGUCUGAAUGGAGCCACCUGUGAGGACAAAGUCAACUCCUUCACCUGUCUCUGCCUGCCCAGCUAUGCAGGAGAGCUCUGCGAACAAGACACUCAGGUGUGUGGAUUUGGUUGGCAGAAGUUUCAGUCCCACUGCUACAAGUACUUCGCACACCGUCGCGGGUGGGACGCUGCUGAGAGGGAGUGUCGGCUACACGGCGCCCACCUGACCAGCAUCCUGUCCCACGAGGAGCAGCAGUUUGUCAACCGUCUGGGCAGUGAUUACCAGUGGAUCGGCCUGAACGACAAGAUGUUUGAGAGAGACUUCAGAUGGACUGAUGGCAAUCCAAUGCAAUAUGACUACUGGAGGCCGAACCAGCCCGACAGCUUCUUCCAGUCAGGAGAAGACUGUGUGGUGAUGAUUUGGCAUGAGGGGGGGCAGUGGAACGAUGUGCCGUGCAACUAUCAGCUGACGUUCACCUGCAAAAAGGGAACAGUGUCGUGUGGGCAGCCGCCUGUGGUGCAGAAUACUCGAGUGUUUGGGGCCACGAAGCCUCGGUACGAGAUCAACUCGCUGGUCCGCUAUCACUGCAAACAGGGCUUCAUCCAGAGGCACGCCCCCACUAUUCACUGCCGACAUGACGGCCAGUGGGACACGCCCAGAGUCACCUGCAUGAGACCUGCAACCUACCACAGAUCAUCUGCUCUCCAGCACCACAGUGAGCAAGAACACAGGCACUAUGACCACCAUCACGCCAGGAGUCAGAAACACGAUGGAAACGCAGAGCACCAGCAGAGUCAGAACAUCCUGCCGAGCUCCUGGGUCCCUUCCCAGAGUCAGUUCCAGCAGUUCUGACUCCAAACACACAGCAAGGAUCCAAUGAGACGCUGACUCCAUUUGUGGUCCAGCUUUGUGGCGGGAGCCGAUCACAGCGGGCUGGCCAUGUCAGUGCAGAGUCAUUGAUAGACAGACAGAGUGAUGCACUGAGCUGUCUAUCAAUGGCUCUGAUGAGGACCAGGGAGAUAUUUCCCCUGUGCCUUGUUCACAGAUGCUCCAGGAUCUGAACCGUAACACUAGUGCUGGAUUAGUUCAUUAGUAAAGUUAUCUUAGGUUAUAUCAAAUCCUCCUACAACACCACAGCGCUCCAAACAGAAAGACCAGCGGCCUAAUGGCUUCACUGUGUAAACACUACACAGGGCUGGUCCGUAGAGCUGUUUACUUUCUCAUGACUCGACACAAUCUGCUAAGCGUGUUGAGUCUUUUAUAAAUAAAGUUAUGUUUACAUUUUGUAUUUCUUAGCAACAUGCAUUGUGUGCAUCCUCGAGGUUUGUUGAAAGCAUUUCCUUCACAUCACAUAUUAGCAGGAGACUUUCAAAGAACCAUUACAACUUGUGAGGCCAGGCCAAGCUAACAAGCUAGACUGCUAGCAGUGAUAUUUUCGCACUCAGACAUUAUAAGCAGAGCUAGUGGAUGUGGAUUACAGGGGUGACAGACCCACACAACCAGAAAUUUGAGGGAAAAUACUACAAAGAUAAGAGUUUGAAUACAGGAACUACAAAGUAAAUUACACUCGGAGGAUCCUUAAAUUUAGUUUUAAUGCUAUAAGUUAUGUCUGCAUGAAUAUUUGUGAAGAUUAAAAAACAUUUUGGAAGGACGUUAGCUUGCUACACAUUUUGUGUUGUUGCUUUUUGUCAUAAUUAUCUUUUACAUUUGAUCAUUUUUGCAUUGAUUACAUUCUAGAGAUAGGUUUCUGCUUUGUCAAAACUAAACCAGGUAAAGGAAUUAAGUAAAGUGGCAGGUUGAUUAACAGUCUCGACUACAUUUCACUCUUUGCUGCAUCAGUAUGAUGUCUCUGGAGUCAGCGGUGGUGGUGUCACUUAUUUAGUUUUUUAUCAAGUAUAAGCACUUUUUUGCUAUAUUUUGAGAUUUUUGUGUUUCCACUUAAGUUUUUUCUGCACAAAUUGAAAGUGUGCAUAAGAAAGGUGGAUGGAAAUGUCAUAGAAAUGCAAUCUUUAAUUGCUGGAUUACUCCUUUAAGUGCUUCCGCACUGUUCACAGUGUAGUCGGACUAACAACACUACCAGAAGUAGCCUGCUGACAACUUCAGCUGUGUCUGUUACACUUGCUUUGUCAGGUCAUGACGGUCUCUCCACAGUCUCCUGUUGGCCAGAAAACACAUGUCCUCUUCACCCUCUUUCUUGCCUUUGUGUGAAAUGUUCCCACUUCCAGCAGUUGCUUGGUUGAGCAGCGUGAAACCAUCAGCAGGGCUGAGUAUCAAGUAGAUGCUAACAAAACUGGCCCAUUAUCAAUACAAAAACAUUUCAGAGGGGACGGUUGAUCAACAUGAAUGUGUGGUGAAUGUGCUGUGGCUAUUAAUCAUAGCAUAUAAAGGAGAUACUGUAAGAAGCCAUAUCAGUGUAACUUAUAUUAUAUCCUUUAAAACUAUGAAUGGACUGAUAAUAAGUAAAGGUCAUUGGAAAUGAAGUGACUCUGUUAAUGAUGACUUGCUGUUUACAGAUCGUCCGGCUGUUUCCUGAUAGAGAAAACAUUUAUGCAGCGCAUGCUGCCGUUUUGUUUGCUCUUUAGCAAUGUUGAUGCUUUUUAUUGUGCUGUGAUUCAAAUCAACCCAACAAGUUCAUUGCCAGAAUUGUCCUGAUUUUAAACAUGCUAGUUUGGGUUUGGAAGUGUUCUUAGCCAGACAUACUGUAUGUUGCAUUUUGCUACAGAUCUGGAAUCUGUUUUUAAGUCCAGCGAAUAAGGGAAUGUGAAAAAGACAUGACUUCUACAUCCUCUACAUUCUUGUUUUUAUGUUCUUCAUACAUUGUCCUUUUCAUAUACUGUUGGUGUAUAUACAUUCUUAAAUGUCUUUCUACUCCAUGCGGCUGAUGGGGUUUACUGUAUCUGUGGCACAAAAGCUUAUUUUCAUGUAAUCGUUUGAUUCUUUCUGUAACAAUGUCCGCCAUCCUGGUUUUACUGUGAUUGUCAGCUGUGUGUGCAGUAAUUAUUAAUACACAAUCUCCCUUU